CCGUUUCCCACUUUCCUCACUCCUUGAGCUAGAUGAGAAGUUGGGGAAAAUGGACAGGGUCAUCUUGGGGUUGAUAGCUCUCUUCUGGCUAACAGCCAUGACUGAAGGCCUUCAGGUCACAGUUCCUGAAAAGAAGAAAGUAGCCAUGCUUUUCCAGCCCACUGUGCUUCGCUGCCACUUCUCCACAUCCUCCCAUCAGCCUGCAGUCGUGCAGUGGAAGUUCAAGUCCUACUGCCAGGAUCGCAUGGGAGAAUCCUUGGGCAUGGCCUCUCCCCGGGCCCAGUCUCUCAGCAAGAGAAACCUGGAAUGGGAUCCCUACUUGGAUUGUUUAGACAGCAGGCGGACUGUUCGAGUGGUGGCUUCAAAACAGGGCUCUACCGUCACCCUGGGAGAUUUCUACAGGGGCAGAGAGAUCACUAUUGUUCAUGAUGCAGAUCUUCAAAUUGGAAAACUCCUGUGGGGAGACAGUGGGCUCUAUUACUGCAUUAUCACCACCCCUGAUGAUCUGGAGGGCAAAAAUGAGGACUCGGUGGAAUUGCUGGUGUUGGGCAGGACAGGGCUGCUUGCUGAUCUCUUGCCCAGUUUUGCUGUGGAGAUUAUGCCAGAGUGGGUGUUUGUUGGUCUGGUGAUCCUGGGAGUCUUCCUCUUCUUCGUCCUGGUGGGGAUCUGCUGGUGCCAGUGCUGCCCUCACAGCUGCUGCUGUUACAUCCGCUGCCCGUGUUGCCCGGAUUCUUGCUGCUGCCCUCAGGCCUUGUAUGAAGCAGGGAAAGCCGCAAAGGCCGGGUACCCUCCCUCUGUCUCCGGUGUCCCUGGCCCUUACUCCAUCCCCUCUGUCCCUUUGGGAGGAGGCCCCUCAUCUGGCAUGCUGAUGGACAAGCCGCAUCCACCUCCUCUGGCACCAAGUGACUCCACUGGAGGAAGCCACAGUGUUCGCAAAGGCUACCGGAUCCAAGCAGACAAAGAGAGAGAUUCCAUGAAAGUCCUGUACUAUGUCGAGAAGGAGCUGGCUCAGUUCGAUCCAGCCAGAAGGAUGAGAGGCAGAUAUAACAACACCAUCUCGGAACUCAGCUCCCUGCAUGAAGACGACAGCAAUUUCCGGCAGUCUUACCAUCAGAUGCGAAGCAAGCAGCUCCCUGUAUCUGGGGACUUGGAGAGUAAUCCUGACUACUGGUCAGGUGUCAUGGGAGGCAGCAGUGGGACAAGCCGGGGGCCCUCAGCCAUGGAAUACAACAAAGAAGAUCGAGAGAGCAUCAGGCACAGCCAGCAGCGCUCCAAAUCUGAGAUGUUGUCCCGGAAGAACUUCGCCACAGGGGUCCCGGCCGUGUCCAUGGAUGAGCUGGCAGCUUUCGCAGACUCUUACGGCCAGCGGCCCCGCAGGCCCGACAGCAACAGCCACGAAGCCCGGGGCGGGAGCCGCUUCGAACGGUCUGAGUCCCGGGCUCACGGGGGCUUCUACCAAGACGGCUCCCUGGAGGAAUACUACGGCAAGAAGAGCCGCAGCCGCGAACCCCUGACCGACGCGGACCGCGGUUGGUCCUACAGCCCCCCGCGCCGGCGGCCGACCGAGGACUUGCCGCGCCUGGUGAGCCGCACGCCGAGCGUGGCGCCCAAGUACGACCACUCGUACCUGAGCAGCGUGCUGGAGCGCAAGCCUCGCGCAGAGGGCCCCAGCCGCGGGGGAAGCCUCGAGACGCCGUCUAAGCUGAGCACGCAGCUCAGCCAGCGCAGCGCCUCCUACUAUGCCUGGUCGCCGCCGUCCACCUACAAGGCUGCAGGAGCAACGCAGGGCGACGAGGAGGACGACGCGCUCGACGAUGCGCUACCGCCCUACAGCGAGCGCGAGCUGAGCCGGGGCCCGUCGUACCGCAGCCGCGACCUGCCCUACCACAGCAACUCGGAGAAAAGGAGGAAAAAGGAGCCCUCCAAGAAAACUAGUGACUUUCCAACCAGGAUGUCCCUUGUGGUCUGAUGUUUGUUUUCAAGACAUCUCUCUGGAUGACUAGAAAUCAGAAGACGACUACAGGGACAAGACACAAAUCCAAGAGCCAGCAGGCCUGGGACCGUCUCUGGCCACAACUGGAAGAUUUACUGAUCAUCUGCUUUGGCAAGGGAUGGGUGGCAGCCUUUAAGGCUGAUUCCAAACUUCAGUGUCCAUCAAACUAGAUUGGGAAAUUUAUCAAGAAAACAUUCUAAGUGUGAGAAUAUUCCCACAUACAGAGUUUCUCACCCACUGAGUUUAUCCUGCCCAAUCUCUGUCCUUAGCUGAACCAGAACUCCUUUUUCUGUUCCAAAAAGGAGUUAGCUCUGGGCUGCCAAUUUGGACUGCCUAUGGCUGCAGUAUGCUUUUCCAUACCUCCUAUGCUGUGCUUAGAGACAGAAGAAUUUAUUGCUACUAUUAGAAGAAGACCUUCUGCUAAUAAUAGAGGAUAGCUUCAAGGCAAAAUAUAUCUUUUAUCCUCAUCACUUCCCAGUCAAUGACUGUUGUUACACUAAAAUCAGAAGGCUGUUGUUGUGACAGUGAUCUCCUGGACAAUCACAGAAAUGACUU